UUGGUCCCUGCCGGGGGCUCAGCUGUGUGGAGCGCACCGGGACCCGGAGCCGGCGGUCUGAGGGAUGGACGAAACGAGCCCACUGGUGUCCCCCGAGCGGGCCCAACCCCCGGACUACACCUUCCCGUCCUCCUCGGGCGCUCACUUUCCUCAGGUGCCGGGGGGCGCGGUCCGAGUGGCUGCGGCGGCGGCGGCCGGCCCGGCCCCUUCUCCGCCGGGCUCGCCAGGCCACGACCGGGAGCGGCAGCCACUGCUGGAUCGCGCUCGGGGCGCGGCGGCCCAGGGCCAGACCCAAACCGUGGCGGCGCAGGCCCAAGCCCUGGCCGCUCAGGCGGCGGCGGCGGCGGCGCACGCCGCGCAGGCCCACCGCGAGCGGAACGAGUUCCCCGAGGACCCCGAGUUCGAGACGGUGGUGCGGCAGGCGGAGCUGGCCAUCGAACGCUGCAUCUUCCCCGAGCGCAUCUACCAGGGCUCCAGCGGAAGCUACUUCGUCAAGGACCCUCAGGGGAAGAUCAUUGCUGUUUUCAAACCUAAGAAUGAAGAGCCAUAUGGGCACCUUAAUCCUAAGUGGACCAAGUGGCUACAGAAGCUCUGCUGUCCCUGCUGCUUCGGCCGUGACUGCCUUGUCCUCAACCAGGGCUAUCUGUCAGAGGCAGGGGCCAGUCUGGUGGACCAAAAGCUGGAACUCAACAUUGUACCCCGUACAAAGGUAGUAUAUCUGGCCAGCGAUACCUUCAACUAUAGUGCCAUUGACCGAGUGAAGUCCAGGGGCAAGCGGCUUGCACUAGAGAAAGUGCCAAAAGUUGGGCAGCGGUUUAAUCGCAUUGGACUACCGCCAAAGGUUGGUUCAUUCCAGCUCUUUGUUGAAGGCUACAAAGACGCAGACUACUGGCUCCGGCGUUUUGAAGCAGAACCUCUCCCUGAGAACACGAAUCGGCAACUACUGCUGCAGUUUGAGCGGUUGGUGGUGCUGGACUACAUCAUCCGCAACACUGAUCGAGGCAAUGACAACUGGCUGAUUAAAUAUGACUGUCCAAUGGAUAGUUCUAGCUCUCGGGACACAGACUGGGUGGUGGUGAAGGAGCCUGUUAUCAAGGUGGCUGCUAUAGACAACGGGCUGGCUUUCCCUCUGAAACAUCCUGACUCCUGGAGGGCAUAUCCCUUUUACUGGGCCUGGUUGCCCCAGGCAAAAGUCCCGUUCUCUCAGGAGAUCAAAGAUCUGAUUCUUCCGAAGAUAUCGGACCCUAACUUCGUCAAGGACUUGGAGGAGGACCUAUAUGAACUCUUCAAGAAAGAUCCUGGUUUCGACAGGGGCCAGUUCCAUAAGCAGAUUGCUGUCAUGCGGGGACAGAUCCUAAAUCUGACCCAGGCCCUGAAAGACAACAAGAGUCCCCUGCACCUUGUCCAGAUGCCACCCGUGAUUGUCGAGACAGCCCGUUCCCACCAGCGAUCUUCUAGCGAGUCCUACACACAGAGCUUUCAGAGUCGGAAGCCCUUCUUUUCGUGGUGGUAGCCCGAGAGGCAUACAGAGACCUCCUGUUCGAGACGGGCCGGGAGGAAGCCUGGGGUGGGUUGCAGAAAAGCCCGAGAAGCCGGUGGAGAGCAGUGCCCUCGAGGGCCCUGCUUCUCUGCUCAUCACCCUCCUCAGGGCUUUCCCAAGCACAGGGAGAAGCACAAUCAGAGGGGCAGUGUGUGCUGGUGAGCCCUUCUGAGUGCUAGGGAGGGCUAGAGCCUCCGUGCAGGUAGUCCAGGUGCCCCGGAAGGAGCAUCUCCCUUCCAGCAUCCCCUGGGGCAGGCUGGGAAAUUCCCUUCCCUCCCUGACACCCUGCUCUGUGGCAAUUCCUCAUUAUAUUCUGCAUCAGAAAACAGACAAAUACACAUUUAAAUAUUAGUUGCAAAACCCAGGCAGAAUCCCUGAUCCUCUCAGGUCAGAAACCUCUGAUCCAGACCUAAAUUUGCAUGGACCCAGACACUCAGGUGCCUCACAGUUCCUUACUCCCAUGGACCAAGGCAGCUGGGUGAUUCAGAGGGCAGCUGGGUGACUCACCAGUUGGGACACACAGAAGCCACACAUUUCCUUUGGGUUUUUUGCCAGGUUUUCUUCCCCUUCUCCCACCAGUGCAAAGGCUGACUGAAAGCCUCCCAACCCGGUUCUCAUGGCGGGGACACUUUUGCUCCAGAACUCUUCAUAGUUCUGCAUACGAUCGUAGAGGUUGGCUUUGCUGUCUGCCCUCCCAGGGACACGGCUCUCUAGUCCAGGCUUGCAGUUUGCCCGGCAUUCAGGCAAAGGCAAGAGGGCGGAAGUGGCCCCCCUGCGUGCACAAGUCAUCCAUUUGGCCUGAGUACAUACGGGUCUGUAACUGGUCUGGGGGCAGACAUCCCAGCCUUGCUUCCCGAGUCCUGGUGACAGACUCCUUCAGUCCCCUAGUCUGUUUCUGUUGUUUUAGAUAUUUUUUUUCUCAACACUUUUCCCUUAGGGGUUCAGUUCUGGGUUCUGGAGUGGGUCUCAGUGAGGAUUCUGGGGUGUAUCUCAGCUCAUAAGACAACAGGAUAUUAGGUCCCUGGACUUCUUUUUAUGCUACCACUGCUGCUGCUUGGUGGAGGUAAUGGGACUCAUAUCCUCUUCCUAGUUGGCAGCUUCCCUUUGCUCCCUGACUUCUUGUUCUAGGCCAGUUUUUCCAUGGCUUCUUGAGAAAGGCAGGGCCCAAAGGAGAAGGGCCUUCGAACUGUCCCCUUGUGCCUGCCCAGCUCAAUGUGCAUCUUCCUGCUUCCAUGUCUCUUCCCCUCAGCCAUCCCCCUUGCCAGGUGUCUGAGCCCUUUCUACACCAAAGCAAAGAAUGGCCUCAGGAGAGAGUAGAGAGGGUGCCGCCUUGGCUAAGGGGCUCUGUGCUACUGGACAUUUCGAGAUUCUGGCACCCUGCGAUUGGUCAAUCAGCCUUGGAAAGAAACUAUCUCGAAGGUUUGAAAAACAACCAAAGAAAGGGAGCGAGGACUGUGGCUGUGUGCCCUCGGCUUGCCCAGCUCCCCCUGUCCAGGAGGCAGAGCGGAGGUGUGCGGCCCUCGCGUCAGCUGGGCCAACCUGGUCCCAUGCAUCCCAGCCCACAGGAGCCAGCUUGUACUGGGGUCCCUCCCUCCCCCCGCUCCCCCCUCCCCCCACCCCAGCUGACAGGAAGAGUCUCCAGGAGCUGGAUAUGCAUGCCCUGUGGAGGAAGGCACAGCUUCUAAUCUUGACAAUCUCAUUCAGCUGGCCUGGAAUCUAGCCUUGGGGACCAUGUUUGUGGCAGUGCCUGCGCCCAGACUGUAGGAGCAGCAGGGCUCCCAGAUGCCAGAAAGGACCCAGGUGUGUGUGGCUCUCCAAAGACAUCCCGACACAGACCUGUUGGUAAAGCUUCCCACCUGGGUGUCAAGAGAGCCUUCGCUUAGAGGAGGCUGGCUGCUUCCCCAGCCAAGUGGGUCUGCACUUUGCCCUCAUCUAGACCAGCUCUGUGACGAGAAGGAAUUGGGUCCAGCGUACGAGGGGGCUUCCAGUCCUGGCAGGCGGGAGUGUGGGGCAUCCUUUCCUGGCAUGCUCCCAUUCUCCUGGAAGCCUGUACUCAGGUUGCCUUGAACGUGGACUCGGGGAGAGCCAAGAGUCCAAAGGGCCAGGGUAGGCUUCUGGGCAGCACUCGCGGGACAGCCGGCCCCUCUGUCAGCUGCAAGCCCUGUCUCCGUGUCAGGGAGGAGAGGCUGGGCUGGGAGAAUGCUGCUGCCUGUGUUCUUCCAACGCACUGUAGAACUUGUAUGUAAUGUAUUUAAAUCAAUGCAAAUGUAUGAAUAACAAGUCCAAUUCUGA